AUGACGGUGCACAAUGUAAACAGGCAACCAGUCUCAAUCAACUCAUCAAAAAUUAUUGACUGGCUUGUAAACCGGAAGCUCCUGCGCAAAGAUUAUCCUCGGAUACUCAGCUCGCUCAAGAGGCAAAUUGAAGACCUCUCAGUAUCCACUAAUCUGGAAUUGGGAGAAUGUCCUUACAAGCACCCAUCUUAUUUGCGCUCACUUAAGCUGGCCGAACUUGUUGCAAGUCAAGAUACACAGACCGAUUUUUUUGGUCGUGCCAGUCAAUCCGUCCGGAGUUGGCGAGACCUCAUCAAUUCAUACGAAAGAGACAAUCUCUACUUAGGUAUGUGCUUGUUUUUAUCAUGUUUUCAAGCCGAACUGGGCGAGGACAUACAUGAACUCGCGUCAGAUCAUAUUCCGCGGUGUAAAACUGUAAUUUCCGACCGCCAGAAGCUAAUAACAGGACUCCGUCAAAAGAUAAAGGAGCUCUGUUUAAAUGUUUCAAAGCUGGAAGAUUCCAUGGAUAAAAUGUUGAAAAUGCUUCACCUUACACCAGGAGAAACCAAUGUGAAGGUUAGGCUUUUGGAGGAGGCUUCUGGCGUACCCGCUUAUCUAGACGCAUUCAUACCCACCCUCGGUGAACUUGGAAGUGCCGUUUCCUUCUAUGGCUCCAUGAGAGGAUACACCCACAACAGGACGCAUGGCGCUGAGGAUGUAGAAAAUUCCCUGGACACAGCCUGUUGUUUAACUUUGCGGCUUUUGAUCUCUUCCGGUCAUGUGCCAUUAUACCACUGGAAGACUGGACAUCCACCCGAGCAACUUGGUCAAAAUGAUGACUUCGUUCCUACUAUGUUAGCGGAGGAACGACAGCUGCUCAAUGAUGAUCUAGGUAACAAGCUUGCCUCCGGUCAGGAUUCACUAUUUUUGGAUAUUGAUGGUCCUGUCGCAGAAGACAUCAAUUGGGAUGACGACAUUCCAUGUGAUUUGAUCGAACUAUCCGAUGAUGGUCAAUCGCAAACCACUUUGGUCGACCCGCCCCUCGAUUCAGAUCCUCCUCAUUUGCAAACUGCAAGCCACCAGCCGUCUGUGUCCACUAUCGUUGUUUCUGGACAUGAUGCACGCCCUCUGCUGGACACCAUAGAAGGUCGUAACGCGCUACUUAACGACCUGACAGAGCUAUCGGCCUUCCUCAACUGCUUCAUUGAAGGCCAGAUCGCGCUUCACGAUCUCGAUUGUGAGGAUUUGAACUUUCAUGGAUCAAAGAUACGCUCAUUUGUCGGUUCUAUUGGCGGUUCGACUACCUUGCAGAAUAUAAUCAUGCAGAUCAAAUGGGAUGACGACAUUCCAUGUGAUUUGAUUGAACUAUCCGAUGAUGGUCAAUCGCAAACCACUUUGGUCGACCCGCCCCUCGAUUCAGAUCCUCCUCAUUUGCAAACUGCAAGCCACCAGACGUCUGUGUCCACUAGCGUUGUUUCUGGACAUGAUGCACGCUCUCUCCUGGACACCAUAGAAGGUCGUAAUGCGCUACUUAACGAUCUGACAGAGCUAUCGGCCUUCCUAAACUGCUUUAUUGAAGGCCAGAUCGCGCUUCACGAUCUCGACUGUGAGGAUUUGAACUUUCAUGGAUCAAAGAUACGCUCAUUUGCCGGUUCUAUUGGCGGUUCGACUACCUUGCAGAAUAUAAUCAUGCAGAACGCACCACCCAUCGUACAAUCUGUUUCGGCUCAUGACGCAGUGAAGAUGCUUGCCGCUGUCGAACGUGCUCGUGACCACUUGACCAACAGGUGUGUUUCCUUUCGCGGUCGUUUUUUUUACUGUACAGUCUGCAACACUGUGUUACCGUCCACUAUACUCUACGAAUCAGAGAUGUGGCCACCGCGUGUUGAAAGCAAUCAAGAGACUACUAGUCUGCAGGCAGUACGCGGGGACGAAGUCAGUUAUGCCCUUGUGUUCGCCUCUUCCAUGUGA